AUUUCAUAAAAGAGGGGAGUUAUAUGAAAUAUUUCUGAGAUGGUUGCUCUAUGGGGAGACUCUUCCUCAGUGGGGAGAAGGAAGCUGCUGCAGCUGAUUUUGCUUCACACAGUCUGGUUGAUGGGGAGCGGCCAGCUCCAUUAUUCCGUGCCUGAAGAAUCCCAGCAUGGCACCUUCGUGGGCCGCAUUGCCCAGGAUCUGGGGCUGGAGGUGGAGGAGCUCAUGCCUCGUAUGUUCCGGAUGGAGUCUGAAGAUCAUGGGGACUCUUUUGAGGUAAAUGUCCAGAAUGGGAUUUUAUUUGUUAAUUCCCGGAUAGACAGGGAGGUGCUGUGUAACAAGAGCCCUUUGUGCCCUGUUCACCUGGAGGUGAUUGUGGACAAGCCUCUGAGGGUCUUCCAUGUAGAGGUGGAAAUCAAGGACAUAAAUGACAAUUCUCCUGUUUUCUUGGAAAGUAAACAGUCCCUCAGUGUUGCAGAAUUAAUGUUGCCUGGUACACGUUUUCCUCUGAAGGGAGCCUCGGAUGCAGAUGUUGGUGUUAAUGCUCAACUCAAGUACAAGCUUAAUUCCACAGAAUAUUUUGUUGUUGAAGAAAAAAUAAAUGACCAGCAGAGUGUGUCAUUGGUACUUGUUUUAAAUAAACCUCUGGACAGAGAGAAAAUCCCUGUGCACCAUUUAGUGCUAACAGCUACUGAUGGGGGUCAACCAGAACUCACAGGCACAGUCCAUCUUGAGAUCACUGUGAUGGAUGCAAAUGACAAUGCACCUGUAUUUAACCAAUCUGUUUAUAAAGUGAAAUUGUUAGAAAAUGUGGCAGAUGGAACAUUGGUUAUUCAUCUCAAUGCAACAGACUUAGAUGAAGGAAGUAAUAAGGAAAUCACCUACUCCUUCAGUAAUAAUGUUCCUUCCAAUAUAUUUAGUAUACAGUCGGAUACAGGUGAGAUCAGGGUAAAAGGGAAAGUGGAUUUUGAAGAUAUUAAUAUGUAUAAUGUUGAAAUUGAGGCAAAAGAUGGAGGUAGCCCACCUUUGUCUGGGCACUGCACUAUCCUUAUUGAAAUUUUAGAUGUAAAUGACAAUGCUCCCGAGAUGUCAUUGAAGUCCAUGCUAGUGCCAUUGCCUGAAGACUCCUCGCCAGGGGCAGUGGUAGCCCUGAUCAGCAUCUCAGACAGGGAUUCCGGAUCCAAUGGGCAAGUGAGCUGCUUUCUGUGGCCCACUGGGCUUCCAUUCAAGCUGGUGCCCACCUUCAAAAAUUACUACUCACUAGUGCUAGCUGAACUUGUGGAUCGAGAGCAGGUGGCUGAGUAUGGACUGGUGGUUGUGGCCCAGGAUCAAGGGGCUCCCUCACUAUCAGCAAGUAGCAGCCUAGUGGUGCCCAUUAGUGAUGUGAAUGACAAUGCACCUGCUUUUGCUCAGCCAUUCUAUACAGUCUUUGUGAAGGAGAAUAAUCCACCUGGUGCCCAUAUCUUUACAAUGUCUGCCUCAGAUCCAGACAUGGCUGAGAACGCCCUAGUCAGCUAUUGGCUUGAUGAGAAGCUCUGGUCUCUGUCAAGCUACAUCUCGGUGCACUCAGAAAGCGGCAAGAUCUAUGCACUGCAGUCCUUAGACUAUGAGGAGAUGAAGUUGCUGGAAUUCCAGGUGAGAGCCAAGGAUGCUGGGCUGCCCUCUUUGUGCAGCAAUGUGACAGUGCAGGUGUUUGUGGUGGAUGACAAUGACAACGACCCAACAGUAUCUGGACAAGGGGAGGCCCCUGUCAAGCUGGCGAUCCCUGUCAUGGCUGGCCACUUAGUGAGCAAGAUCCAUGCCCUAGAUGCUGACUCAGGCUACAAUGCAUGGCUACGCUAUGAGCUGCAUGAAUUGACCAGUGGACCCUGGCAAGUGGGACUGUACAGUGGUGAGAUAAGUACCAGACGUGCCCUGAAUGAUGUAGAGGGCAGCAGCAGCCAUAGUUUGCUGGUGUUGGUGAAGGACCAUGGGAAGCCACCGCGAUCCGUUACAACUACAUUGAGUGUGUCCUUGGUGGCAAACACCCAGAUGUUCCAUGAUGAUGUCCAUCUUCCCAGGAUGGGAGGUAGUUCAGGACCCCUGGUGGACAAGGUCAACAUCUACCUAAUCAUUGCCAUCUGCUCAGUGUCCAGCUUGUUCCUGCUUGCAGUCAUCUUAUAUGUGGCUCAGCGAUUCCAGAGGCAAGCAGAGGAGACCAUGGCGUAUGGUCCCGGCACAGCCACGCUGGUGUGUGCAAGCGAAGUGGGCAGUUGGUCUUACUCAAAUCGCCAUAGCCACAUUUUGGCAGGAAUGAGUGGAGAGGCUGGAGCCAAAAGUGAUCUCAUGGUUUUCAGCCCCAACAUUCCUUUCUUUGCAGAGAAUGGGGAUGUAGGGAUUAUGACGGAGGUGGUCCCUAAUUCAUCUGGGCAGGUGAGUCUCUAUUAUUCAUUUCAGUUUGUCCUGUGA